AUGCCAGCGGGGUCGAUUCCUUCGGAGGAUGAGGGAGAGUCUUCUUCAGGCCUCCCCGCCCGCUUCCAGUGGUUUGUGGGCAACCUUUGGUGUUCCUUGGCUUCUCUGUGUCGAGGGCGUGUGGUGAGAGUCCCCUCGGGGAGCCUGGUGCGGGUGGUGGGUACCGAGCUGGUCAUCCCCUGCAACGUGAGUGACUAUGACGGCCCCAGCGAGCAGAACUUCGACUGGAGCUUCUCGUCUUCGGGCAGCAGCUUCGUGGAGCUGGCCAGCACCUGGGAGGCGGGCUUCCCGGCCCAGCCGUACCGGGAGCGCCUGCAGAGGGGCGAGAUCCUGCUGCGGCGGACCGCCAACGAUGGCGUGGAGCUCCACAUCAAGAAUGUCCAGCCCUCGGACCAGGGCCACUACAAGUGUUCCACCCCCAGCACCGACGCCACCGUCCAGGGCAACUAUGAGGAUAUAGUGCAGGUUAAAGGUAUAGCCUCUCGGGAGGAGGGGGGGGGGGCAUCGCAUCAGGGGCCAGACCUUCCCCUGCCACUCGGCUGGGGGUCAGUCCUGACAGAGCAGUGCAAUCUUGCCAUGCGCCCGGCCAGUCCACUGCUGUCCUUCCCGCGCGAGAGGAACCUGGUUGUCCUGUCUGCGCUCAGAUCUUCAACGGUAAUAACAGGGACGCUGCUGUACGAGCGUACCUCCACGGCUUAUGGGAGCAGGGAGAAAGCGCGCCACACUCUGGGGACCCCAAAGGCGGACACAGAGGAGGAACCAGACUAUCAGGUGUACCUGAAUGCUUCUAAGGUCCCCGAGUUUUCAGACGACCUCACGGAGCUGGAGUGCCGCAUAGUGGACAUGAAGAGCUUGCAGGCCAGCGUCCGUUUCACGGUGUCCUGGUACUACAGGGUGAACCGGCGCAGCGAUGACCUGGUGGCCAGCGAGCUGCUUGCAGUCAUGAACGGGGACUGGACGCUGAAGUACGGAGACCGGAGCAAGCAGCGGGCCCAGGACGGAGACUUUAUUUUUUCUAAGGAGCGUACGGACACGUUCAGUUUCCGAAUCCAAAGGACCACAGAGGAAGACCGAGGCAGUUAUUACUGUGCUGUGUCCGCAUGGACCAAACAGCGUAACGACAGCUGGGUCAAGAGCAAGGACGUCUUCUCCAAACCCGUCAACAUAUUUUGGGCAUCGGAAGAUUCCGUGCUUGUGGUGAAGGCAAGGCAGCCAAAGCCUUUCUUUGCUGCAGGAAAUACAUUUGAGAUGACGUGCAAAGUGUCUUCCAAGAAUAUUAAGUCGCCGCGCUACUCUGUUCUCAUCACCGCUGAGAAGCCUGUUGGGGACCUCUCCAGCCCCAAUGAAACCAAGUACAUCAUCUCCCUGGACCAGGAUUCCGUGGUGAAGCUGGAGAACUGGACAGACGCAUCGCGGGUGGAUGGCGUUGUGCUCGAGAAGGUGCAGGAAGAUGAGUUUCGUUAUCGAAUGUACCAGACUCAGGUGUCGGAUGCGGGGCUGUACCGCUGCGUGGUGACAGCCUGGUCUCCUGUCCGGGGCAGCCUGUGGCGAGAAGCAGCAACCAGUCUGUCCAACCCUAUUGAGAUCGACUUCCAGACUGCUGGUCCUAUAUUUAAUGCCUCUGUGCAUUCAGACACACCGUCGGUUAUCCGGGGAGAUCUGAUCAAGCUGUUUUGUAUCAUCGCUGUUGAAGGAGGAGCGCUGGAUCCAGCGGCCGAGAGAGACCGGAAGAGUGAGCUCAGCCUGGAGCGUGUCGGCGUGCUGGAAUUCUUGCUGCGAGUCCAUGGCUCCGAGGACCAGGACUUUGGCAACUACUACUGCUCCGUGACCCCGUGGGUGAGGUCCCCAACAGGCUCCUGGCAGAAGGAGGCAGAGAUCUACUCCAAGCCCAUCUUUGUGACUGUGAAGAUGGAUGUGCUGAACGCCUUCAAGUACCCGCUGCUGAUCGGCGUGGGCCUGUCCACCGUCAUCGGGCUCCUGUCCUGCCUCAUCGGGUACUGUAGCUCCCACUGGUGCUGUAAGAAGGAGGUCCAGGAGACAAGGCGUGAGCGCCGCCGCCUCAUGUCCAUGGAAAUGGACUAG